UCAGUGAUUUAUAGCGGGGCUGCAGCGGGCAUUCUGAUACUGGGGGGAACUGGCAAAUUGCCACUGACAUCCCAAUGACACUAAUACAGUGAUCAAUGCUAAUAAAAAGCACUGACACUAUACUAAUGACACUGGGCAGGAAGGCGUUAACAUCUGGGGCGAUCAAAGGGUUAACUGUGUGCUGUGCUGUGUUUUCCAUUAUGUGCUGUGUGUGUGUUCUUCACUGUAAGCACACUAAUUGGGAUGGCUGUACUGUGCACAGCCAUCCUGAGCAGUGUGCUCGAGCUGACAGGGAGGAAGAUUGUUUGUAAACAAAACAAUCUUCCUCCCUGUCGGAGAUGCUCGGUAAUCACCGGGUGCCAUCGGGUAAUUA